GAUAGACAUUAGCGAAACGCGCUAAUUGCCAUUUAGCGUUGUGCUACCCGUGUGGACUCCGCCCCUUGCGGCUCCGCCCUCUCGGCGGCUUGCUGAAGGAGCCUAAUUAACGGGUUUGUACAGAUAACGGGACAGCGGACAAAGUGCCGGGUUUCAUACAUAUAUGCAACCAGAAAGGAAAGCAGCAUUCCACGGACACAAAAGCCGCAGAUACAGGGAGGAGUAAAGGUGAUUUGUGGAAAAGAGACAUGCUAUGAACGGAUAACAUUUGGGGCAACACAGGUCAUUUUUCAUUGAAGCCUCAGCUGCGCGUUUACUCCACAGCUGACAUUCCGCCCUUCGCUUCCCAUCUUGAGCUCUUCAGGGAGAUUUGAUCUCUAAAUGAAACAGAAUUAGCGGGCGCCAGCCUUUGCUCCGGAGGAGCGGCAAGCACUUGUGCUCCUCGUGAAGAGGACGUGAAGACGCAAAGCCCGUGUGAGCAAAGCGUUUCAGCUUCGUCCAGCGCCCACGCCAAAAACUGACAGCCUUCAUUCUUCGAAACAGCGGAGAACUCAAAACGGUGACAGCGUGGCGGAAAUCCUUCUCUCUGUGUUUUGCCAAAGUUUUUUUUUAGGUGUACUUUAUUUAUGUCUUUCGACCCUUUAAAAUUAUGGAUCUGGAGAGCAAGCAGUGAUUUGGGAAGUUUAAAACCACAAGAAAAGAAGAAUCAGAAAGUGAAAUGCGACCCGGGACGAGCUGAGUAGUUGUCUCCGAUGCCCUGCACGCGAUUCCUUUGAAGUUGAACAUCUGGCACCUGCAAGCUUUUCACUCCUCCACCGUAUCCCUCCCUGCUGCUCCAGACAUUGUGCUAGAUGACAGGCGUCACCUGGAUAGGCGGUGAGGGUGACAGCUGCGGGAGCGCAUCGGACUCCAGCCGCAACAUCUCCGCCACCUGCGAUGAGAGCGGCUCCUUGGGCUGGGAACGCCGAGCCGGCGCAGGCGGCGUCAGGAGGCAUCACCACAAGCACAACCUCAAGCACCGCUACGAGGUCCUCGAGACGCUGGGCAAGGGAACCUACGGGAAGGUCAAGAAAGCGGUGGAAAGGAGCACCGGAAAAACGGUUGCCAUAAAAUCCAUACGCAAGGACCGCAUCACUGAUGACUUGGACAGAGUGCACAUUCAAAGAGAGAUUGAAAUCAUGUCAUCCCUCAGGCACCCUAACAUCAUUUGUAUUUAUGAAGUGUUUGAAAGUAAAGAUAAGAUCAUUAUUGUAAUGGAGUAUGCUAGCCGUGGAGAGCUCUAUGACUAUGUAAGCAGUCAAAUCCGAAUUCCAGAGGCAGAAGCCCGCAAAUUCUUCCGGCAGAUUACAUCGGCUUUGCACUACUGUCAUAAGAACAACAUUGUUCACAGGGAUCUGAAACUGGAGAAUAUUCUGCUUGAUGAAGACUACAGUGUUAAGUUGGCAGAUUUUGGACUUUCAACUCAUUUCAAAAAGAGUCAAAUGUUACAGACGUACUGUGGGAGCCCCUUAUAUGCCUCACCUGAGAUUGUCAAUGGACUUCCCUACCACGGACCUGAGGUAGACUGCUGGGCCCUUGGUGUUCUGCUGUAUUCACUGGUUUAUGGAAACAUGCCCUUUGACAGCAGGAACUACAAACACUUAACUGAACAGAUCAGCGCUGGCAAGUACAGAAAGCCACAACAACCUUCAGAUGCUUAUGGACUGAUCAACUGGAUGUUGACUGUGAAUGUGGAGCAGCGAGCCACAAUAGAAGAUAUUUCACAGCACUGGUGGGUAAACUGGGGCUUUGACAAGUCAAUUUGCGACUGUGUUUCUAGUCAAAACUGUCCCUCACCUCUGCUUGCAAGAUACAUUGACUGGCAGAAUACGACAACGGCUAAAGAUGUUCCAGAUGAUAAACAUUAUAUUGAGUUCUCAUUGCACUCGAGAAGCAGUGGAGAAGCAACAUCAUGCUUGAAGAAGUCAAAAAAGGAGAAUGACAUAACACAGCCCCAGCAGGAGACCUUUACCCGAAGUUUAAAUAUUAAACCUAAAGGGAUCCUAAAGACCAAGAGCAGUUUUGAUGCCUCCUUUGUGACGUCUUCGCUUCAGCCUUGUCUUUCUCAGCUUUGUGCCAAAGAGCAGCUUUCUCAUGAUCCAGUGCACAUGUCUAACUCCAGAGCUCUGUCCUCUGAGCCUUCUGCAAAAAUGCCAAAGAAAGGGAUUCUCAAAAAACUUUACCAGCGAGAAUCGGGGUAUUCUUCUUCACCUGAACGGGGAGACUCCCUGGACAAUUCAGAAAAAUGUGAAUCAAAACAAGAUGAAGAGAGAUGUCACACUGCAAAUGAUGUUGUACUUCGGAGGAAAGGGAUUCUGAAACGUAACGGCAAGUUUUCAUGUAGCCUUGACCUCCCAGAUGACCGUUCCACGCUGAAGCUCUCUGAAUCUCUUAAGCAACUGAUUCUGUCUGGUGGGUACAGUGGGAACCAGCAACAGACAAGGGCACAGAGCAGGCCACCCAGUGUGAUUAGUGAUGACAGUUUGCUUUCAGGAGAUUCUUUUGAUAUUUUGGAUUUAGCAACUGCAGAAACAAAGAGGCUGCUUUUUACAGAAAGGAGAAAACACACUGUUUAUAGUUCAGAGGAGGAUCCAGAGGAUGGUGAAAUGAAAGGAGAGAAAAAUAAAGACUUUAUAAUGAAAGAAACUGACAGGCAAAACAUAAGAGCAGGAGGAGGUAAACAUUAUGCGCAGAAUUAUAGCAGUGCCUCCUGACCCAGCAGCAGAUGCUUUAACUGAAGAAACAUUGCAGGACUGAAUUAUAUACUUUUCCACGCAAUUUUUUAAAGGGCUUUAAGGUAAUACACAAAAAAUGAAUUGUCUUAUUUGACCAAGGACAGAAAAUUAAAUUCUGAAAGUGUGGUGUAGGUGGGGCGGCACGGUGGCGCCGUGGGUAGUGCUGCUGCCUCGCAGUUAGGAGACCCGGGUUCGUUUGCC